CGCUGACCAGUUGCCACUGACUGCAUCCUGCUUGGUCGCUGACCAGUUGCCACCGACUGCAUCCUGCUUGGUCCCUGACGCUGACCAGUUGCCACCGACUGCAUCCUGCUUGGUCCCUAACGCUGACCACUUGCCACCGACUGCAUCCUGCUUGGUCCCUAACGCUGACCACUUGCCACCGACUGCAUCCUGCUUGGUCCCAGACGCUGACCAGUUGCCACCGACUGCAUCCUGCUUGGUCCCAGACGCUGACCAGUUGCCACAGACUGCAUCCUGCUUGGUCCCUGACGCUGACCAGUUGCCACAGACUGCAUCCUGCUUGGUCCCUGACGCUCACCAGUUGCCACCGACUGCAUCCUGCUUGGUCCCUGACCAGUUGCCACCGACUGCAUCCUGCUUGGUCCCUGACCAGUUGCCACCGACUGCAUCCUGCUUGGUCCCUGACCAGUUGCCACCGACUGCAUCCUGCUUGGUCCCUGACCAGUUGCCACCGACUGCAUCCUGCUUGGUCCCUGACCAGUUGCCACCGACUGCAUCCUGCUUGGUCCCUGACCAGUUGCCACCGACUGCAUCCUGCUUAGUCCCUGACGCUGACCAGUUGCCACCGACUGCAUCCUGCUUGGUCCCUGACCAGUUGCCACCGACUGCAUCCUGCUUGGUCCCUGACCAGUUGCCACCGACUGCAUCCUGCUUGGUCUCUGACCAGUUGCCACCGACUGCAUCCUGCUUGGUCUCUGACCAGUUGCCACCGACUGCAUCCUGCUUGGUCUCUGACCAGUUGCCACCGACUGCAUACUGCUUGGUCUCUGACCAGUUGCCACCGACUGCAUCCUGCUUGGUCCCUGACGCUGACCAGAUGCCACCGACUGAAUCCUGCUUGGUCCCUGACGCUGACCAGUUGCCACCGACUGCAUCCUGCUUGGUCCCUGACGCUGACCAGAUGCCACCGACUGCAUCCUGCUUGGUCCCUGACGCUGACCAGUUGCCACCGACUGAAUCCUGCUUGGUCCCUGACGCUGACCAGUUGCCACCGACUGCAUCCUGCUUGGUCCCUGACGCUGACCAGUUGCCACCGACUGCAUCCUGCUUGGUCCCUGACGCUGACCAGUUGCCAGCGACUGCAUCUUCCUUGGUCCCUGACGCUGACCAGUUGCCAGCGACUGCAUGCUGCUUGGUCCCUGACCAGUUGCCAGCGACUGCAUGCUGCUUGGUCCCUGACGCUGACCAGAUGCCACCUACUGAAUCCUGCUUGGUCCCUGACGCUAACCAGUUGCCACCGACUGAAUCCUGCUUGGUCCCUGACGCUGACCAGUUGUCACCGACUGAAUCCUGCUUGGUCCCUGACGCUGACCAGUUGCCACCGACUGAAUCCUGCUUGGUCCCUGACGCUGACCAGUUGCCACCAACUGAAUCCAGCUUGGUCCCUGACGCUGACCAGUUGCCAUCGGCUGAAUCCUGCUUGGCGCCUGACGCUGACCAGUUGCCACCGGCUGAAUCCUGCUUGGUCCCUGACGCUGACCAGUUGCCACCGGCUGAAUCCUGCUUGACCCAUGAAAAUGAACAUUUACCUAAGUAUGAAUCCUUUAUGUUACACACCAUUGACCAGUUGCUCCAGUCUGAAUCUUGUUGGAAGACUAAGCAGCUCUUCGGGGAUGAAUCUUGUUUAGACCCCUAUUUUGAGCCAGCUCCUCAUUCAGAAUCUGAAUUGAAACCUGAUGCUGAACAACUAAAACAGUCUGAAACCCAUUUGGAAACUGAAAAUUUGCUUCACUCUGAAUCCUAUUUGGACUCUGAGAUAGAAAAUUUUAAUCUGGCUGAAACUUUUAUGUCUUUUGAGACUGACCAAUUUUUCCAGACUGAAUCCUGUUUGGACAAAAAAACUGACCUUUGUGAGUCCUGUUUGAACCCUGACUCUGAAAAGUUGACUUGUAGACCUUUUUUGGAUUCCGACUCUGAUUACCAUCUCCAGUCUGAAUCUCAUUUGGAUCUUAAGCUUAAACAGUUGCUACAGUCUGAAUCCAGUUUAGUCUCCAGCACUGAGCAGUUGCCCCAGUCUGAAUCUCAAUUGGACCCAGAAAUUGAACAGUUAACACAAUUUGAAUCCCAUUUGGACACAGAGAUGCCCCAGUCAGAAUUAUGUUUGGACGCUAACAUUGAAAAUGUAAACCUUACUGAAUCUUUUUUGGCCUGUAACACGGACCUGUUUCCGCACACUAAAUCCAUUUUGGACCCUAACACUGACCAGAUUGACCUGUGUGAACCUUGUUUGGGCACUGACUCUGUACAGAAUCCCCACUCUGACUUGUGUUUGGUUCCUGACACUGAACAGUUGCCCCAGUCUGAAGCUCACGUGGACCAUGAAGCCAAACAGUUGCACAAGUCUGAAGCUGUUUUGGCCUACGACUCUGACCGGUUGACGACCUUUGAAUCCUCUGUCUACUCCAUUGCUGAACAAUUGCCUUUUUCUGAACAUUAUUUGGACACUGAUCAUGAACUGUUGCCUCUGUCUGAAGCCUCUGUGUCAGCUGAUGCUGAUCAAUUGCCUUCAUCUGAAUCUGGUAUUGAACCAGACAUUAAAAAGUUUUCUAGGUUUGAACCCCAUUUGAACUCUAACACUGACCAUAUAUCUUUAUCUGACUCCCAUAUGGCUCCUGACACUGACUUGCCCCAGUUUGAGUCCUUUUUGGCCAAUGACAGUGACCAGUUGCCUCUAUCUUCUGUUGUCCAAAACACUAAUCAGUUGGUUUUGUCAGACUUUUCUUUGGAUCCUGAUAAUAACCAGUUGUCUAUGUCUGGAUCUUGUUUGAAUUGUGACUCUGACAAGAUGCCUAGGCCUGAUUCCCCCAUGGCUCCCGACGUGAACCAGUUAAACCAGUCUGGAUCCUUUUUGGCUUACAACACUGAUUUUUUUUUUGCACCAACAACUGUCCAUUUGGAUAUGCCUCAAUCUAGUUUAGCCUCUGAAAAUGACUGGUUGAUUGACACUGACAAUUUGCCCCUGUGGGGAUCUCUUUUGGCCUCUGACAUGGACACGUUGCGGCUGUAUGAAUCUUCUGUGACACCCAAGGAGUUCCUUUUGUCUAAAUCUUGUAUUGAACUGAAUGACCAGUUGCCAUUGACUAAAUAUUGUUUGGCCUAUGAUACUGACCAGAUUUGUGUGUCUGAUUACCCAAUGACUCCUGUUUCCGACAAUUUGCAUCAAUCAAAAUCCCUUUUGUCCCAAGAUGACCACCAGUUGCCUGUGUCCUCCAACAUUUACCAGUUGAGUAAUACAAAAUCAUGUUUAGAUCCUGAUAAUAACCAGUUGCUCAAAUCUGAAAUCUGUUUGGACCCUGGCAGUGCACAGUUGAUCAAGUCUGAAUCCUGUUUGGAAUAUGAUAGUGACCAGUUGCCUCUGUAUGAUUCCUGUUUGGACCUUGACCAUUCCAAUUUGUCCCCUGACAGUGAACAGUUGUCUAAGACUAAAUCCUAUUUGGACCCUGACAGUGACAGGUUGCCUCUGUCUGAUUCCAGUUUGUCCCCUGACAGUGACCAUUCCAGUUUGUCCCCUGACAGUGACCAUUCCAGUUUGUCCCCUGACAGUGACCAUUCCAGUUUGUCCCCUGACAGUGACCAUUCUAGUUUGUCCCCUGACAGUGACCAUUCCAGUUUGUCCCCUGACAGUGACCAUUCCAGUUUGUCCCCUGACAGUGACCAUUCCAGUUUGUCUCCUGACAGUGACCAUUCUAGUUUGUCCCCUGACAGUGAACAGUUGUCUAAGACUAAAUCCUAUUUGGACCCUGACUGUGACCAGUUGCCCAAGUCUGAAUCCUGUUUGGACCCUGACAGUGACCAGUUGCCCAUGGUUGAACCCAGUUUGCCAAAGAUUAAUUCCUAUUUGGGCCUUGAUGUUGUCCAAUUGACCAAAGCUGAUUCCUAUUUGGACCAUGACCAGUUUCCCAUGUCUGAGUCCUGUUUGGCCCCUGACAGUGACAGGUUGCCCAAGGCUGAUUGCUUUUUCGCCCCUGACAGUGACCAGUUGUCGAAGGCUGAUUCCUAUUUGGACCGUGACCAGUUUCCAAAGGUGGAAUCCUAUUUGAACUCUGAAAGUGACCAGUUUUCCAUGUUUGAGUCCUGUUUGGACCCUGAUGAUGACCUGUUGCCCAUGUACGAGUCCACUUUAGACCCUGACAGUGACCAGUUGCCCAAGUCUGAGUGCUGUUUGGACCCUGACAGUGACCGAUUGCCCAGGUCUGGGUGCUGUUUGGACCCUGACAGUGACCGAUUGCCCAGGUCUGGGUGCUGUUUGGACCCUGACAGUGACCGAUUGCCCAGGUCUGGGUGCUGUUUGGACCCUGACAGUGACCGAUUGCCCAGGUCUGGGUGCUGUUUGGACCCUGACAGUGACCGAUUGCCCAGGUCUGGGUGCUGUUUGGACCCUGACAGUGACCGAUUGCCCAGGUCUGGGUGCUGUUUGGACCCUGACAGUGACCGAUUGCCCAGGUCUGGGUGCUGUUUGGACCCUGACAGUGACCGAUUGCCCAGGUCUGGGUGCUGUUUGGACCCUGACAGUGACCGAUUGCCCAGGUCUGGGUGCUGUUUGGACCCUGACAGUGACCGAUUGCCCAGGUCUGGGUGCUGUUUGGACCCUGACAGUGACCGAUUGCCCAGGUCUGGGUGCUGUUUGGACCCUGACAGUGACCGAUUGCCCAGGUCUGGGUGCUGUUUGGACCCUGACAGUGACCGAUUGCCCAAGUCUGAAACCUGUUUGGACCCUGACAGUGACCGAUUGCCCAGGUCUGGGUGCUGUUUGGACCCUGACAGUGACCGAUUGCCCAGGUCUGGGUGCUGUUUGGACCCUGACAGUGACCGAUUGCCCAAGUCUGAAACCUGUUUGGACCCUGACAGUGACCAGUUGCCCGUGGUUGAACCCAGUUUGGACCUGGACAGUGACCAGUUGCCAAAUUCCUAUUUGGACAUUGAUGGUGUCCAGUUGCCCAAAGCUGAUUCCUAUUUGGACCCUGACCAUGACCAAUUUCCCAUGUCUGAGUCCUGUUUGGCCACUGACAGUGACAGGUUGCCCAAGGCUGAUUACUUUUUGGCCCCUGACAGUGACCAGUUGCCGAAGGCUGAUUCCUGUUUGGACCGUGACCAGUUUCCAAAGGUGCAAUCCUAUCUGAAUUCUGAAAGUGACCAGUUUCUCAUGUUUGAGUCCUGUUUGGGCCCUGAUGAUGACCUGUUGCCCAUGUACGAGUCCACUUUAGACCCUGACAGUGACCAGUUACCCGUGGCUGAGUCCUAUUUGGAUCCUGAUGAUGACCGGUUGCCCACUGCUGAGUCCCGUUUUGGCUUUGAUAGUGACCACUUGCGCAAGCCUGAUUCCUAUUUAGACCGUGACACUGACCAGUUCUCCAGGGCUGAAUCCUUUUUGGACCUUGAAAGUGACCAGUUUCCCAGGGCUGAGUCAUUUUCCUCAGAUGUCACUAGGCAGCCCCUUCCUGAAUGCUUUAUGAUACCCCGCACUGGUCAUUUAACCUCACUGAAACCUGUUUUUGCCCAUGACAUUAACCACUUGCCUCUGUCUGAAUGCCUUUUGGAACCCAAUGUGCCCCUAUCUGAAUCUUAUUUGGCCCAUAACUCUGACCACAUCACACUGGGGGAAUCCCCUGUAGACACUAAUUACAUAAACUUAUCGGACUCCUUUUUAUCUCAUGACUUUGACCAGUCACAGCUGUCAUAUAAAUCCGGGAAUCUUGGAAAAGACCAUUUGCUCUUAUCCGAUUCCUGUAUGUUUCACAGAACUGACCAAUUACCUUUGUGUGAAUCUUAUAUAUCAGUGUGCACUGACCAUUUGCCCUUCUCUACAUCCUCUGUGACUCCCAACACCGAUCAGUUGCCCCAGGCUGAAUCUACAUUCGCACCCAAUAGUUCUCAUUUGUCCUUGCCUGUGUCCUCUGAGGCACCCAACACUGAUUGGUUACCCUUGUCUAAAUCAAACUAUGUGGUACCUAGCACUGAGCAAUUGCCCUUGACUAAGUCAUCUGUAGCAGCCAAUACUGACUACAUGCCCCUAUCUGAAACUGUAUUGACACCCAUUAAUGAUCAGUUGCCUUGUUGUGAAUCAUCCCAUGUAACACCCAAUGUUGACCAGUUUCCCUAUUCCGAAUUAUCCUCUGUGGCACCCUGCGCAGACUGGUUGACCUCGUCUGAAUCCUCCUCCUUGGCACAUAGCACUGUUGAGUUGCUUCAGUCUAAAUCCUUAUUGGCCUGUGAUGCUGACAAGUCUGACUCAUCAUAUAUACCACUGUUUGACUGUCUUUCAACUGGCAGUGAAAUAUCACAGUGUAACACCAAAGUUCCAAAUAAAAGUCCUGAAGAAUUCCAUUUAAAUUGGGACUGGACACUAAACUUGGACCAAACGGACCGUCCUGACACGAGUCUAGAUUGUGAGUCGGAUGUAUGUUUAAAUUUCUCUUCGGACAAAUCUAGAAAGAAAAUUAAUGAAGCUGAAGACUGUUUUUCAAUAUUUUGUUUAGAUACUCCCCCAGACUCUAACAACAUGUCCCCUGAAACUGACCAACAUAGACUUUCGGAUGACUUGUUGUCCCUUUCCGAUGUUUUCUCACAUUUACAAGCUAAUGAUUUCGUACACCCACAAAAUGACAGUAAACAGCUUUGUUGCACAGUAGAUAAAUUAUCCAAAUCUGUAAUGGACAAUACUUUUGGGACAGAUCAAUUGCCUUUGAUUGACGAAGAAACAGACUUUUCCCAACUGCACAAGGCCGACCUUUUAACUGACCAUUCACUAGUUAUCACUUCCAAUGGUCAACCAGACUUCCACAGUGAAUUUAAACAAUUAUCUAAUACCAUUUCAAAUACAGACUUCGAAACAAACCCGCCUCCUGAAAAUAGGUUACAAUGCCAUUCACCCUUUACCCUUCGCGGUGCCAACUCCCAGCUUGACCACAACCUUCUCAGUUCCGAGACUGACCAAUCAAGCUUUUAUUGUUUAGACCUAUUGUUUGAACCUGACAGGAUACACCAAGAAAUAGAAAGCUUGUCCACCAGCCUGACCAAUAGCCCAUCCUACAAUAGGAAUACCACCACCCAGAUUGUGGAGUUGCCUUCAUGUGACCUAAAUGAGAAAUGGAUUUUGCUCAAGUCAAACUCUUUUUCUGACUCCUCUUUUGAAUUGCCUCCAAAUAGUAACGCACCUGCUCUUUCAUCUCAGCCAAACUCCACAUUUGGGUCCCCUACUUUGCCUUCAUCUACUGCCACUGAGGAUAUAGCUCUUACAGGUCCUCCACUGGAAAAUGUACAGUUGUCUUGUGGCCUCCGCCAGCCUGAUGAUUCACAGGUCUCUACUCCCAUAUCAUUUAGGGAAGGUGACCCACUUUUGGGAUUCUCUUUGGACAACGACUCUCCUUGUUCUGGGGAUGAGCUGACUCGUCUCCGAGCUGUGUUUGAAGCUCUGGACAGAGAUAAAGAUGGCUUUGUGAAAAUGGAGGAUUUUGUGCAGUUUGCCACAGUCUACGGGGCAGAACAGGUAAAAUACCUCACUGGUUAUCUGGAUCCAGCUGGCCUGGGGGUUAUAAAUUUCCGUGACUUCUAUCGGGGCAUCUCUGAAAUCCAGAAUGAAGAUCUGGACAUGCAGCUGUAUGAUAUGGGAUACCCCUCUGAGGAGGAACCUGCCUGCUCCGUGGAUUUUGAUGACCUGGCGGCAUUUGAGGUGACAGAAGUGACUGACAGCGCCUACGUGGGCUCAGAGAGCGCCUACAGUGAGUGUGAAACUUUUACUGAUGAGGAUACCGGAGGGCUAACUGCCCAUGAAGACCCUGAAACUGAGGGCGAUGGAUCUCGUGGGCGUGCACCAGCAACGCCAGAGGGGCUGGAACUCUCCCUGUGUGACAUUUCGGUGAUCACAGUCACAGGGCAGGAGGAACAGUUUGAGGAUUUCGGUGAAGGAGCAGAGCCAGACCUGUUCAACAGCCACUGUGAAGAACAGGACGAUGGCUUCAAUCAGACAACAGAGAGCUCCCGGCGCCUCACCCCCAGCCCAGACAAGAGGACUUCAAGCAAAAAAGAGGCACGGAGGCUCCAUCACAGCGGCUUCCUGGGAGACGAUUCAGCAGAGCAGCAGCUCACGGACAUGGCCUGCGAUGAGACCGACCUCACUGACAAGGUUCUGUACCUGGAGCAGAGGGUGAGUGAGAUGGAGCGAGAAGCAACCACCACAGGGGAACAACAGAACCGUCUGCGACAGGAGAACCUACAGUUAUUACACAGGGCCCAUGCUCUAGAAGAGCAACUUAAGGAUCAGGAGCUGCGAUCGGAUGAGGUAUAUAGUGAAGAGACGCGCAAACACAGAGAUGAGCUGCGGAAGAUGGAAAGUGACCGCAGCUACAAGCUGAGCAUUCUGAAAGCCAGAGUUCAAGAGCUGGAGAAUGAAAACCUGGAGCUCCGUACUCAGCUGCCAGUUGGAAAGGCGACGCUGCAGAGACUAGAAGAGGAGAGGGACAGAUUGCAGGAUCAGCUGCAGGAAUUGCAGCACCAACUAUAUGAAAAUCGGGAACAGAACAAGAAAUUGGGAGGGAUACUGAAUAAGGAGAAGUUCAAACAACUAUCCGAGAAGGAGAAAUGCCAGGAGGUGAUAGAGGAGCUCCGGCGGGAGCUAGAACAGAUGCAGCUGAUGCGCCUUGAAAUGGAGCACAGGAUGGGGCUGGGAAAUAGCGCUGCCCUCCAGGAGUACAACUGCCGCACCCGGGAGGCUGAGCUAGAGCAAGAGGUCCGGCGACUGAAACAGGAGCAACGGACUCUCAAGGAGCAGAAUGAAGAACUGAAUGGACAAAUCAUAAACCUCAGUAUCCAGGGAGCCAAAAACCUGUUCUCCACAACCUUCUCUGACUCGCUGGCUGCUGAGAUUAGCAGCGUCUCUAGAGAUGAGCUUAUGGAGGCUAUUCAGAAACAAGAAGAAAUCAACCUUCGGUUACAGGAUUAUAUUGACCGUAUCAUCGUUGCAAUUAUGGAGACCAACCCAGCCAUCUUGGAAGUGAAAAUACAUUAACACCACAAGUUGUCCCAGAAGGAGACGCAGCUCUGCCCAUGAUCCGGAGAGCAGAGGAGGCAGACGCGGGCUCGGGCAGUGGGCAGCCACAGAUGCACUCAGGCUUAUCCAGACAAGCACUGCUUUGCGAAGAUCUUGCUGCUGAGCGUCAGGACUUGGUCUGGUUUUUUUUUCUUGUGUCAGAGAGAAUGCACAGAGGCAAUCUAUGGCUGCUGUACAGCUUCAUUGUGGCUAAGAGGAAUAUACCACCGUCACCCUAAAUCUUUGCGGAAUGUACUGCAGGUGUUCUCUAACCCUGAAGACCCGGCAUACUGCUUCUCUCCUUCCGUGGGUAGUGCCCGGCUCACCAUUUCCCUAUUUAUUCAUCAAAAUCAGACUAAAAAGCUAUCCAGUGCUGAGGACUUGGCUGUUAGAAUAACUCAGAUCGGAGAUUAUUGGAUCACGAACUUAAAGGCUACUGUCUAAUGCCUGUGUGUGUGUGUACUUGUAUCAACGCACAAAUGUAUAUACAGUCUUCAUGCACUGUUAUCCUAUAGGUAACAGCGCACAGGGGGUGACUCCGCAUCAAUAAUGUUAAUAGUUAACAUUCUCAUUUGUUCUGUGUAAGUUCUUAUAAUGAGACUGCACCGUCAUAACACCCAUAUGAGUGGUGCUGUGUGGCAGAGGCAAGCAGCUUGUGGCUUUCCAACGGUUGCAGAACUACAAGUCCCAGCAUGCACUGCCAACAGCUGCACAGCCACAAUUAACAUAAGCCUGCUAUAGUAAAAUAUUUUCUUUAAAGUAGUGAUGCUAUAUAAAGAUACAGGUUGCUAACCGUCACUUAAAGAGUCCCAGUGAACUUAUGUUUGCCUGUUAUUUGCACAAUAUCAGUGCAUCGCACACUUGCUGGGUUGUAGAGGUGUAAAUGCAGUACAUGCGUCAGUGCAUGUAUUGUAUCUCGUAAAUAUAUGUACAGUACCACAAUAGGCUUCCACGCUGCUUGUGUAACCACCCAUCCAAAACAUCUGACUUGGUGCUGCAUUCUGACCAGCCUAUUCCGGCACUAAGAGGGUGAAAAUGGCUAGUAAGCUAGGGAGACCUUGUUCUCUUGCUUCCUCCUCUCUUUUUAUAUGCAGACAAAUCGCAUUUUUAGACACUUUUGAAGAAAGUUUCUAUAUGUGUAUGUACAUAAGUAGAUACAAAUAAAAAUAAAAUAUAUAUAUAUAUAUUGAUCUGUAAAUAUACAGGUUAUGAGCAGACGGGAUCCCUCUGGGAUGACGCAUUCCUGUUGAGUCACUGGAUUUUUACCCCCGUCAUGGCCAAGGGGACAGCAAUACGAUCCAGGGCAUAUUAGGGGUAUUCAUUUUUCAUCUGUGGGGCCAACAUGGUUCAACAGCCAGUAGAGGCAAAAGUGAUGUCCCCAAGACGUGUCUCCAACUCCGUGCACAGUUGUAGGAUGGCGGCCAUUUGCUUGAAGACUGUUUCAUUGGAACAUGCAAUCGAUUUAGAAAAUAAAAUGGGGUUAUUUGGUAUUCUUCCUCUAGCGAUGACAACUCUCUGAAUUAUACAGGAAAAUACACUUUGUGAAGGAAGAACGACGACUUUGGCAAGUAAAUGAAUUUAUUGAACCAUGUGACGCCUCCAAUUCAGUGGACCUGUCCCCUUUCCGUUAAGGUCAUGUUAUGCGACCCUAUAAAUUAUUAUUAGUUUAUUAUAAUAUUAUUUUGCUUCAUCAUGCUAUAACAUUUCAGUUGCUCAAUGAGAAAGCGUUAUCUGGCCGGGCAGGCUGAGGCUUGAAGAUUGACGGCGACUAGAGAAAGCCAGUGUAAAUCGAGAUCCAUUGUGGUUUUAUUGGUUAAAUUGAAACUUGCCACGAUAAUAUGGACAGCUGAGCUGAUGAAAGAUCCGCUUUUAUUUGUGCAGUAUUGCCGGCCUGAUCCAGUGAUAAAUGCCACAAUGAAAUCUCUAGGACAAAUUAAUCUCUUAUACAAAGGAAGAUCGUUAGGUUACUGUAAGAAGUAAAUUGACAAAAAAAUAAAAAACUUGCACUACAGCUUUCAGUACAGAUAUCAGUGUUAGCUUUCACAGAGGAAAUAGUAUAAAUUGUUUUAACUUGGUUUAAAUUAACAUAAAUCUAGACUGUAAGUGGCAACUUGGCCACUAAGUAACAUUUCUGGCUUCAUUAAGAAGGGAUGGGGAUUGAAAGUCUUAAAUUGUGUUGCGUGUGCAGACCAAGCAGAUGACGCUAUGGAACAUGAAUGAACAUUUUCUGUAUAAAGGAUCAUUAAUUUAACUCUGUUCUGAGAUGAUUCUUCUUUAUCUUUGUGUAUUUUCAGAAAUUUCUGUUGAAUAAAGUCUGUUUGAUUGAAAUAA